AUGCGGCCGCUUUGCAGGCGGGGCUGUCCCCUCUCACUGCUUGCUGCAGCCAUAGUCAACCCCACCAUGUUCUUCAACAUCUCGGCCGAUGGCGAGGCCUUGGGCCGCGUCACCUUCGAGCUGUUUGCAGACAAAGUUCCAAAGACAGCAGGAAACUUUCGUGCUCUGAGCACUGGAGAGAAAGGAUUUGGAUAUAAGGGUUCUUCCUUUCACAGGAUUAUUCCAGGAUUCAUGUGCCAGGGUGGUGACUUCACACGCCAUAAUGGCACUGGCGGCAGAUCCAUCUACAGAGAAAAAUUUGAGGAUGAGAACUUCAUCCUGAAGCAUACAGGUCCUGGCAUCUUGUCCAUGGCAAAUGCUGGACCAAACACAAACGGUUCCCAGGUUUUUAUCUGCACCACCAAGACUGCAUGGCUGGAUGGCAAACAUGUGGACUUUGGGAAGGUGAAAGAAGGCAUGAACAUUGUGGAAGCCAUGGAGCGUUUGGGGUCCAGGAAUGGCAAGACCAGCAAGAUGAUCACCAUUUCCGACUGGACAACUCUAAUUCUUUUGACUUGCGGGCUUUUUACCCACCAGACCAUUCCUUCUGUAGUUCAGGAGAGCACCCCAGCCCCAUCUGCUCGCAGUAGGAUGCUGGCUCACACCCCCGCUGACUGGCAUGGACUCUUCUGGAAACACAAACAGAGCCUCACAGCAGCCGUGUGCUUCUUUUCUAAGCUUUCCUCCCCGUAUGCAGCAUGGUUCACAGAGCCCGCCGUUAGCGGAGUUAUUUCUGACUACGGUCUCCUCAGUCGUUAG